AUGGCUUCACAAUCGGCAAGAACUUUUGUUUUAGCUUCUCGAGCAUCCAAUCUCGCACAGAUCCAAACGAAUAUCGUCAGAGAUGACCUCGAGGCUGCAUUUCCGUCGCUUUCAUUCAGCACCUCAUUCAUGACCACCGAGGGCGACAAGAAUCAAUCACAAGCAUUAUAUCUACUUGGAGGAAAGGCACUAUGGACCAAAGAACUUGAAGUUGCAUUGAGGGAGAAUGUGGUUGACAUGCUCGUCCAUUGCUUGAAGGAUGUUCCAACAACCCUACCAGAUGGCUGCGAGAUCGGGGCGAUCUUGGAGCGAGAGAAUCCUGUUGAUAGUCUGGUGGUGAAACAGGGCUUGCCCUACAAAACUCUGGAAGAAUUCCCUGCAGGAAGUGUAGUGGGUACCAGCAGCGUCCGGAGAGUCGCCCAAUUGCGAAAAUCUUUCCCCGGCUUGGUCUUCCUAGACGUCCGGGGAAAUCUAAAUACCCGUCUGGCGAAGCUCGAUGCGCCCGAUGGUCCUUAUACAGCACUCAUACUGGCGAAAGCUGGUCUUGUGCGGCUAGGCAUGGGGGAUCGCGUUACGGCAGAUCUCGCUGCACCGAUACUUUACUAUGCUGUAUCCCAAGGUGCCUUGGCAGUGGAGAUUCGUACGGAUGACCAGGAAGCACGCGAAUUGUGCAAAAUGCUAACCCACCAGGAAACACAAUGGAAGUGCCUCGCAGAGAGGGCCUUGCUGAGAGAACUCGAAGGUGGAUGUAGUGUUCCUGUUGGCGUCUCUACGUCGCUAUCGCAGAUCGAUAAAAGCGAUGGGCACCUGACACGUGCAACCCUCACAAUAACGGGUUGUGUAACAUCAAUCGAUGGUUCCGUGCACGUUCAAGAUACUCUUUCGCAAGAAGUUGGGAGCACACAGGAGGUAGAGGAGUUGGGUAGAAUGCUUGCAACGACAUUGAUGUCGAAUGGUGCCAAGGCAAUAUUGGACGACAUCACCCAAGAUAGACGAAAGAGAGCCACUGAUGCAGCUGAGUAG